AUGUCGAUUUUGAAUAGAGCUUCUCAUAGUGAAUUGAUUAAAUUAGCUUAUGAAAGGAUAAUUCCCCCUUUGUUGCCUACUUUAUACAAGGGCCAAUCGAGUAAAAUAUGUGUAAUUGGCGGGUCUGAGGAUUAUACUGGUGCUCCAUAUUUCAGUGCUAAUGCAGCUUCGUUGAUGGGUUGUGAUUUAACGCAUAUUAUAUGUGAGGAGAAUGCCGCUACGGUAAUUAAAAGCUAUAAUCCAAAUUUGAUGGUACAUCCUUAUCUUGUCACAAGUCGAGACAAUGCAACUUCCAACUUCGAGAAGAUCAAAACGUUAUUGGCAAGAAUGUAUACCAUUGUGAUUGGGCCAGGUUUAGGAAGGGAAGCCAAAAUGAUUAACGAUGUCAAACGUAUACUUAAGAUUGUUUUAAAUGACUGUGAGGGUAAAAUUCCUAUUAUUUUAGACGCAGACUCGUUAUACGUCCUGAGUAUUGAUGAUGAGAUGGUUGAACUAGUUAAACAAUUUCCAUUGGGUAAAAUAAUACUGACACCAAAUGUGAUUGAAUUCAAGAGAAUUUGUGACAGAUUACUGCAAUCUGACAAGGACGUGAAUGAAAGUAUAGAAGAGCAAAGUAUCAAAAUAAGUGAAUUAUUGAACUGUACAGUGUUCUGUAAGGGAGAAACGGAUCAAAUUGUUGCCUCUAUUAAAAAUAACAAAUCCGAGAGCAUUAUAUUGAACAAUACGGUCUCUGGCAGUAAUAAAAGAGUCGGUGGACAAGGAGAUACAUUAACAGGGACAAUUGCAUGUAUGUUGGCUUACAGCAGAGCAGUGCAUGAUUUUAAAAUCCUUGGAGAAAGAAAAAAUGAUUUAAAAUGGAUUGAAUAUGUACUUUUGAGUUGUUACAUAGGCAGCAGCAUUACUAGAACAUGUUCUAACAUUGCAUAUAAAGAAAAGGGAAGAGCUAUGCAAACAACAGAUAUGAAUAGUCAUGUUGGUAAAGUCUUCCAAAAGUUUUUCCCAGACAAAUCAUAA